UUUUGUGUUACCUUACAGUCUUACACCUAGUUCUAAAUAAAAAAAUACUUAAACGUACCGGAAAUGUUUCUAUUGCACAAGAUAAGAAAAAGUUUCAAUUGGAUUUUAAUCUGAAAAAAUCGUCUGCAUGCCGGACAGAAUUGAACAGGAGCAAUAUCCGGAAGCACCGAUAAUAAAAUUACGCGUACCCCCAUCGCGGGAAGAGUCGAAAAAGCGGCAGUGUAAACAAAAACAAUAAAUAGUCAAUAACUGAAAUUUCCAUGAAGAACGUCAAAUAAUCUUGCAGUCAUGGAUAUAGACGAAGUUGAUGGAGAGUUACCAGUACAAACUAUUGGUGACCGUGUCAUUCUACCAAAGGAAAUUGAAAAAUCACAAACUGACUCUGGAUUAGAUGAUGGAAGUAAUACAAAUAGCAGCGGAAAUGUUGAUCACUCUGAGGAUGAAGAAGAAGAUGAUGUUGUUUUGAGAAAGCCAAAGAAAUCGUUUCACCGAAUUCUAGAGGAAGACAGUGAUGAGUCCCUAGAUGUUCCCUCACACUCUCAAGAUGUUCCCUCACACUCCUCAGAUGUUUCCUCACACUCUCAAGAUGUUUCCUCACAAUUUAAAAAUGUCAGAGACAUCAAAAAGCCAGAAAUGACACCAGAGGAGGUUUUGGAGGCGGUGAUGAACGCGCCUGAUAGCAGUGACAGUGAACCAGACACCCCGCCAGUCAGCGCUAGGAAGAAGAAACUGAAGCGACCAGUGAAUGAUGACAGUUCUGAUGAUGAAAAUGUAACCUUGAUGGACACAAUCAAGAAAACAGCAAAGACAGGCACAGAAGAUCUGUUUGAUGCUGAAGAGUCUGACGGGGAAACGAGGAGCCAGAAACCAAUACCUACCAACCUGUUUGAUAAUGACAGUGACUCCUCAGGGUGCAAAUCUUCCGGCUCAGAGCUUGAUAAAUCAGACCAUGAAGGUGGGGAGGACGAAGGAUUUAAUGAUUCUGACAUCGACCCAAAACUGCGGGCUAAACUAAAAAAGGGAGCAGCUAAAAAGGAGAGAAAGAAAAGUGCUAGACAGGCGAAGCGAGAAGAGUUAACAUCAAUACACAGCGAGUCACAGAGAAUGGUCAGAGAGUCACGGGUGAACAUCCCCUAUCAUCAGCCUGCCCCAAAGUCCAUCAACGACUUCUUGGCGCGGGCAAAUCGUAAACAGCAGGAAUACAAGCGGCUUGGGAAUGUUAGAGACUCCAGGAAAGUGAAAAUUGUUCAAGAAGUUCUAAAAAAGACGAGACUAGAAGCUCGUGCUAAAACUCAGAAGGAACAAGACAAAUAUAGUGACUCUGAUGAUGAUUGGAAUCCUGAUGAUGACAAUGAGAAAUCCCUUAAAGAUAGAAUUGAUGAAAAAAUGAAGACGAACGAUGCUGAAACUGAACAGGUUGGGAAUGGUGAUGAGGGAGCAGAGAAAAACAAAACAGAGGAGGGAAGUGAUUUAAAAGGUGAUACUACAAAAGAGGAAAAUGCUCAGGAUGGAGGGAAUGUUAAUGAUAAUGUGGAAAAAGAUAAACUUGAGAGUGAAGAAAUUGGUGAAUUAAAUAAGGGAGAAAAUAUUGUGAGUAAUUUGGAUGAUAGUGAUAAAGAAAGCUUGCCUGAAAUAAGUGAAUUUCAGAAUGAACAUCUCAAGGACGUAGAAAUAAAGGCAGGUAAAGAUAUUGUGAAUGUGUUAACAGAGGAGGUAGAAACUGGAAGUAAGGUUAAUAAGAUGAAACUAGACUUAAAACUUGAAGAUGAUAUGGAAAUUGGUGAAAAUGUCGAUGAGUUUGAAAAGACUGAAAAAGAUAAUGAGAUUGAUAAUAUUGAUGAAACCAGCAAGCAAUCGGACGAGAAUAAAGAAAAUAUUGAUCCAAAUGCAGGAAAACUCAGUGAGGAUGAUGAAGAAAAGUCUUCUACUAGUCAGAUGGACAAAUCAAGUCCUCAGAGUUCAGGCAAAAAGACUAGUCCUAAAAACAGUGCCAGUAAGCGUAGAAAGCGGAUAGCCGCACUUGCAGGUAUAGACCUAGACAAUGUUCAGCCCUCUCUAGGAGGUGAAGUGGAGAACUUUAUCACUCUCGAAGAUGAGGAUGAGGCUCCAAGACAUCCUGGUGUCCAGAACCUCAUGGACAGAUUGAGCAAACACGCUCAGAAGAAAGAGAAGAAGAAGCUACAUGACACUGACAUCAGCAUAAUCUCUAAGGAUGCAGUUGGCCAUGACCGGGAAGAACUCAAACUGAACACAUUCACGUAUCAUGUUGAGGAGGAAGAUUCCAACCCGCUCCGUGUACACGAGGCUCCAGGAGCCAAGCUGAUUGCUCUGAAAGAACAACUUCAAGAGAAAAUGAAGGCGAAGAGGGAGCAGGCGAGGCAGAAACGACAAGAGUUAUACGCCCUUGAUAACGAGGAAGGUGGGUUCGAGGAGGAAGCUGAACUAUCUGAUAAGUCUGAUACUGAUGCUGAAGAUGGAGAAGAGGGGGAUUAUGAUGGUGAGGAAGACUUUGAGGACAUGUACGGUGAUGAUGAAGAGGAAAUUGAAAAAGAAACCAAGAAAAAGAAAAACCCUUAUGCUGAUGAAGAGGCUGACGAAGAUGGAGAUGACAAUGAAGAAGAUGAUGAGGAAGAGAUUGAUGAAGACAUUGGUGAACCGGAGUUUGCUGAUGAUGAUGAGUACAACCUGAAACUGGACGAUUCCGAUGAGGAGGAAGAUGGAACUGAAGAAAAAGAUGAUGAAUCUAAUGACAGAGACGAUGUUACAAUUUCAAAACCAGCCAAGAAGGAAUCUAGUACAUUGUUUAAAGAACCAGAGCCUGUGAUCCCAGAGAAGCCGUUCAGCAUGUUUGGAAGCAAGGGUCGAAGCACAAGCAUAGAGGGGUCACAAAUCCAGAGUGGUCAGCGGACAUGUAGCUCCAUCCCCAUGCCAAUAGAGGACUCCCAGGACCUGUGUGGCUCCCUCCUGCCAGAACUAUCCAGCACACAGACCCAGAAACACACGGAACACUCACAGGACUUUAACUUUCUCCUGGAGGAUUCACAGUCGAACAUGCUUGAUGCUGACGGCUAUUUAAAGACAAAGUCAACAGGGAAGAAGAAACCUCCGGCAACCUCAUUCAGUGGUUUAGGAGGCUUGGCUGGCACACAGGGAAACAUGGAUGAUCUGGUUGGGAUGUGCUCGGGAAGAUUCAUGGACAGCCAAGCAGGUGGUGUGGAGAAAUCAUCUCGUAAAAGCCUGUUCGACGAAGGAUCCCAGUCCAACAGCACACAAGAACACAUGGGCGAACUGAUGGGACUGUGCUCUGGGGUCUUCAAUGAUAAGAAAGGUGUAAGUGAGACCCAGAAAUGUUCAGGAAAGAAGAGGAAGGCUUCUGUGAGCGAGAGUGAUGAAGAUUCAGUGGGCAUGUACUCAGACAACGAAGAGAAAAGAGGUGGCAAGGAGAACUCUGAUGAAGAGGAAGCUGGCUCUGAUAAAGAGGAGGAAGGAGAUACGGACGCUGUAGACAGUGACGAAGAUGAGGAAAGACCACCACAGAAAUUCUCCGGCUUUACGGAUAGAAAUAAACAUGGCAAAAUCCGCCAUGAGUUUGUUGACCAGGAAGCGGAGCUGUCCGGCAGUGAAUAUGACAGCGAUGAAAACCUGGACCUUGCCGAGGAUGAAGACAUAAUGGAAGUGGAAGAGGGAGAUAAAGACAUGGAAGGAGUGGACAGGGAGAAAAUAAGAGACGAGGUCGGCAGGAUCGCUCUCAAGCAGAUGAUAGAUGAAGACAAGAGGGAGCUGCUACGUUACCAGGAAAUGUAUUUACCGGACGGAGAUCUGUUCUCAGAGGGGGGCGGGAGGCAGAGAAAAUUCAAAUGGAGCAAUAUAGAUGAUGUUUCACAACAGGACAUGUUUAACGAUGGAAGUGAUAACGAGCCCGAACACGAGGAAACGGACGACUUCGUGUGGCGGAAAGAGCGAUUUGAACGUGAAAAAUUCCUCAAAGAACAGAAACAACAAGAGGGUCAAGACCGACAAGAUGAUGACAACAGUCAGUUCAUGAAGCUGGGAAAAGUGUUCCUUAACAAGCAAGUGUCGGUAGAGUCCAACUCAGGAAAAUCGUCAGAUAAGGUGAAUUCUUCAGGGGCGGAAACUCCUGGAUUUCCAGGCUCUUUCAUGAAGCUAUCACAGCAGAAGAGAGGUUCCUUCCUUGCCCGAAGUAAACAGGCACUCGCCAAGAUCGCUGAGAUGACAAAACCUGUUGUUAACCCGUCAGCGGGUGCCAAGAGCUCGGGAAAAUUCACAUUCAGUGUUAUCUCCCCUGACAAAGAAAGAGAAGCAGAGGCCCCUAAAGGAAAACAGAGAAAAGCCAAUGUGCCGAGCCAGAAGUCUUUACAAGCCCAGAUAAAUAAACAGCCAGCAAAACGCCCCAAGUUGGACUCCAAGGGUUCCACAGGAGCCAGCAUAUUUCAACAUUUGUGAUUCCUCCAUGUCAUAUACUGUGUUAGAUAGUUUUACAAAAUGUUAAUAUAUUUUUUCUAUUUAAUGUAUUGAAUUGUAUCAUCAAAUGUAAAUUGUUCUUAAAACGACAUAACAUUCAAUGUAAUGUUAAAUGUUUAUGAAAUGUGUAUCAAUUUAUUUUUAUACAUGAUGAUGCUCAGUUUAAUAGCUUUUUUACUGGUAUUUCUCAUCAUCAUGAUUAUUUUCAAGUAAUCUUUGAAAAGAUGUCAUCUGUGUAGCUGACUGUACUCAAAUACGCAGGUGCGUAAUGAAAAUAGGACAGGUUAAAGUUUUUGUCAUACCAAAAAUUCCAAAUUUGAAAUAAAAACUGAAGGGGGGUAAAGGGGUUAAUAUGCUGUCCGUCAAUGAACUAAUUUAAAUCUGCGUAAUCCCACGUUGGCCCUAACUACGCGCCUGGAAGGAAGUGAUUUGCAAAGUUAACAGUCAGUAGUUGAAAACUAGGAUUGUUUAUGGAUCAUGUAUGAAAAUGUAAACAUCUUUUUCCACAUUGUUAGUCGACUUAUUGUGUCAAGCAAGAUUUGUUAUGUCAGAAAAAAGCUAAGCUCAUACUCAAAACUUAAAAUUAAAUACUACACACUGUUAGCUGCCAUUUUUUCUUCAUGUAAGUUGAGAAGGGUUAUAUUGGUAGGACCUGGUUGUUCAUGUUCUGUUUGGUUGCAGUAUUUCCCAUUAAGAAUAAUACACAUCAUUAUCACAUUUUGAAAUACUCACCCAAGUUGUCACCAUUUCUAAUACAUCAAGCACCAGUUGUGUUCACUGCCACCCAUGUGUUCACUGCCACCCAUGUGUUCAAGUUACCUGUAGAUCUCUGAUUGUAUGUUCGUUGUUUUUACAUGUAGAAUAAAUGCAAAAGGCUAAGAAUCCAUCAACGUGUCUACUGAUUAAAGUAGCUUAGUGGAUUUUCGAUGCCAGUGAAUGCCAUAUUUUUAUUUGUGUCACUUGAUAGGGUUUUAUGUUUGGAAAAAGAAAAUAAGAAAAUUAUGACAAUUUUAUUUGAUAUUGAAAACAGUUUUUUUUUUGUAUAUAUAUCUCUGACAUUUCUCGAUUAAUUAUUGGGGGCAUUUAUUUUAUAUAGUACAUGUAAUAAUAAUCAGUCAGCAACUACCUUUAAAUUACAUCAGGGGUCAAUCGACAUCAAUAUUUAACUUAAGUACCAAAAGCUGGAUGAAAUGGCUAUGUUAUUUGUAUAUCACAUCUUAACAGAAAACAUCUUCCUUAGUGGUUUUAACACUAAUUCUAUUCAGAUGUUGUUUUUGAAUAGUUAAAGGCAUUUGUAAUAUACUUGAAUUACAUUUAUGUAAGCAUUGUGAUAUUACAAUCAUGUAUUCUUUAAAUAUGUACUAGUAUUUGUAGAUAUACAUGUAAUAAAAAUUGACUGACUUACAGUAAAUAGAAUUGACUGCCGGAAAAUUAACAAUUAGAACCAUUAGAAAAGUUAACAUGAUAUAAUGAUUAUUUAUGCAAAUUGAUUUCUGAUGUUCCAAAGAAAGUGGUGUUUUAUAGCAGUAGUGUUGUAUGUAUACUUAAGUUAUUAUGUAUAUUAAAGUUGGAUUGGUGUAAAUUUUCACAAGGGGUUUAACAGCUUUUAAAUAAAACAGGGACAUGUGACUUUAUGUUCCAGUUGAUGUCAAGAAGUAAUUACUGAAAUGCACAUGUAUGGUUUGUUGCUGUAAUAAUUUGCUAUAUAUUGGAAUUUAAUUAAAAUGCCAAAAUUGUUUGGCCUACUCACAUCAAGCACACCUUAUGUUUAUAAUUACUGACUCGCCACCGUUCCUACUGUCCCCACUUUGUGAAAAAGGCCUCCUAUUUAGUUCCACUUCUUGUAGAAACCUUUCAUAAUACCGAUUUGUAGAUCAGUUUGACAUUUUCUUUUCAUUUUUUCACCUAUUACCUCAUGUGUCCGAAAAAGUGCUUAUGAGUAAAUUGAAAUAUUGGUGACCUGGGAUGGUUAGGUGGCCAUAAACUUCAACAAUUUGAAAACUGUUGUUCAGGGCCUAGUUCAAUCACAGUUUUGAUGAAAUUAGUAAAUGACAUUAAAAAGUGUCUCGAGGCUAUUCCAUUUAAACAUAUAACCCCCGGGGGGAGGCACUUUUAAAUUAUACCAUCCCCCUACAGAUGCAGAUUUAGCCUUUUGGGACUCAAAUAAGCGAAAAAAUGAUGUAUGUUUUUCUGGAGUAACCCUUAAUAAGAUAGCAAAUUGUUGUUGAAUGAUUUUAAAUUAAUGCACAAAAUUCCUUAUUUUCCUUCUUUUUGAUGCAAAACAAUACUCCCUACUAUUUUGUCAUAUAAGCUUUCAUAUUCCUACUUUUCCACGUGACACUGCUGGAGAGCAUAUGAACAACACAAGCAGUUUAGUUUAGUGCUAUAGAUUGUAAAUUGAGAACAGAAAUGUAACAUUUAUCAAACUUGACCUCGUUUUCCUUACAAUUAAAAUUCUUACAGGAAUCUUGUAUGCAUAUUUUUUCGUAUCCUUUAAACACAGAUACAGAUACAGUAUUUGUUGUAUAUGUUAUUGUUAGAUGUGUACAUUUAUUUAAUACUGUAAGUAUAUUAGUUUCAGUGUACUCACUCAACACAUGUUUGAAAAUCAGAAUGUAUGAUUAUUAAUUAGUGAAAUUUUAUGUUGAAUUAUGUACAGAAAUAACUUGAUGUACCUUAUUUGGUACAAUAAAAUGGAAAACCUA